CCUCUUCCUCCGCAAAAUGCGGAGCCCCUUGUCCCGGCCGCCCCCCUCCGCCGCCCCCCCCGCGGCUGUGGGGGUCCCCUCCCCGCCCCCCUCCCCGGGGGGAGCCGCCCCCCCCCGGCAGCGCAGCAGCAGCGAGGCGGCCCCGGGGAGACCCCCGGAGGACGGGGGGGGGUCCCCGGCGGGGGGGUCCCCACGGAGCCGCACCCAAAGCCACGAGGAGGCGGCGGGGGGGGGGGCAGCCCCACGUCUCCCCGAUUCCGCGACCCUCUGCUGCUGCUGGGGCUGGCGGCGGGCGGGGGGGACCCCGACUUCUUCCCGCGGCCUCCCUGGAGCCCCCUCCUCGCCCAUUACGACGUUCAGAGCAUCCUGUUCGAUCCCAGCGAGCCCCCCCCGGGCCCCCCCGGCCUGAUCUCGGGGGCUUCGGCCGCUCACCUGGAGCCCGAGGAGCCCCCCGGGUCCCCCCGCGGCGCCCCCGAGCCCGAGGCGCUGGUGCUGAGCUGCCCCCGCUUCUGCUGCGACACCGGCGGGGAGCGGGAACCGGGGUCCCCCCGGGGCCCCCCCGGGCCGGGGCAGCUCCCGAACGCGGCGGUGGCGGUGCUGGAGGAGCCCCCGGCGGGGGCGCGACCCCCGUACCCCAUCGAGCACAGCGACGAGGGCGCCGACUAUUACCGCAAGUACUUCUAUGGGAAAGAGCACCACAACCUGCUGGGUGAGGACCCCCGGCUGGGGCCCGUGGCCGUGUCCCUGCGGCGGGAGGAGAAGGACGGGCCGCGGCCGCAGGUGCUGCACAGGAUCAUCCUGCGGACCUGCCAGCUGCGGGCGCUGCGGGGGUCGGUGCUGGAGGAGGCGCUGCCCCCCGGCUGCCGCCCCCCCGGGCCCCGCGCCGCGCCCCCCCGCAAGCUGCUGGAGCUGCUCCUGCCCGGGCUGGAGCUCGGGGGGCUGCGCCUCGCCCCCCACCCCUCCGUGCAGGACUCCCUCCUGCGGCUGGACGAGCAGGGGGUGAGCCGGCAGCGGAAGGUGGGGGUCCUGUACUGCCGCGCCGGGCAGGGCUCCGAGGAGGAGAUGUACAACAACGAACGGGCCGGACCCGCCUUCGAGCAGUUCCUGGCGCUGCUCGGGACCCGCGUCCGCCUGCGCGGCUUCGGCGGCUACCGGGCCCAGCUGGACACCCGCACCGACUCCACGGGCACGCACUCGCUGUACGCCACGUACCACGGGCACGAGGUGAUGUUCCACGUCAGCACCAUGCUGCCCUUCACCCCCCGCAACCCCCAGCAGCUGCUGCGGAAGCGCCACAUCGGCAAUGACAUCGUGACCAUCGUGUUCCAGGAGCCGGGGGCGCGGCCCUUCUCCCCCCGCGCCCUGCGCAGCCACUUCCAGCACGUCUUCAUCGUGGUGCGGGCGCACCAGCCCUGCACGCCCCGCACCAAAUACAGCGUGGCCGUGGUGCGGCCGGAGGACACCCCGCGCUUCGGGCCGGCCGUGCCGGGGGGUCCCCGAUUUUUGGGGGGCUCCGGGCUGCGCCCCUUCCUGCUGGCCGCGGCCAUCAACGGCGAGAACGCGGCGGCGCGGGGGGGGCGCCUGGGGGCCAUGGCGGCCCGGACCCGCCGCCUGUCCCUGCGCGAGCUGCUCCGCGCCCACCCCGCGGGACCCCCGCCCCCCGCGACCCCCCGUGGGCUCCCCACGCUCGGGGCGCUGCUCCGCGUGGGCUCCGCCGCGGGGGUCCCCCCGCCGGGGGGUGGGGCGGUGGUGGCGGGGGCGGUGGUGUGGGGGGCGCGGGUUGAGUGGGGGGGUCUUGAGGGGGGUCGUCACGAGUGGGGUGGUCACGAGUGGGGUGGUCGCGACCUGCCGUGUCUGCUCGGGGUGGCCGCGGAGAGAAUCGUGGUGGUCGCGGCUCCCCCACGCGUGGGGGUCGCGGAUGGGGGGGUGGGACACCCCCAAAGUGCAGCGGAGGGGUCCGAGGGGAGCCCCCAGACCCACGCGGGACCCCCCGCGGGUGGGCGGACCCUGUUCAGCUGCGCGUGUCGGGACGUGCUCGGCUGGAGCUUCUCCGAGGGGCGACUCGAGAUUUUCCACGGGGAGGGAGAGUGGAUCGCGCUGAGGCUCCCACGGGGAACCGCCCCGCGCGUGGUGAGCAGGCUGCAGGCCGUGACCCGCGGCUGCGAGGCGCAGGAACUCUCUGUGCCGCGUGGGGCCGGGGGUCGCCGCGGGUUCCGCGUGGACCCCUCGGGGGUGGUGACGGCCGUGAGCCGCUUCUCGUUCGCGGAGACCGCGGGGCUGCGCCGGGGGGCGCGGCUGCUGCGGCUCGGCCGCCGCCCCCUGCCCCGCGGGGACCCCCGAGCGCUGCGGGCGCUGCUGCGGAGCCCCGCGGGACCCCUGACCCUGCUGCCCCCCGAGAGAGACGGCCGGCCCCGCCGGAGCUUCUCGGAGCUGUACGCGCGCGCUCUGGAGCAGGGCCGGGGCUCGGGGGGGGACCCCCACCCUGGGGACCCCCACCCUGGGGACCCCCACCCUGGGGACCCCCACCCCGGGGGGGACAUCGGGGACAGCAGCAGCGACUCGGGGGGCGACAGCGACACGGGGGAGCGCCCCAAAACCCCACCGAGCACCCCCCGCCCCCCGGACCCCAAAACCCCCGGCGGGGGCACCCCCAGACCGUCCCCUCUGGCUGACCCCACUCCGGACCUGCUGCUGCCACUCCACUGCCCCGCCCCGCCCGGGGACCCGGGUCCCCCCCCGGAUCCCGACCCCGCCUCGGGUCCCGCGCGGCGACAUUCCGUGGGCAGCCCGCUGUCCCCUCCCCCCCCAGCCCUUUCGGGGUUCGGGGACCCCCAGGAUGAGGAGUGGGAGCGGAUCUCGGGCCUGGCCACGGCCUGCAGGGGGGUGCUGGAGGCCAUCGCCCGCGGGGGGCAGCAGCUCCGGGAGCUCCCCCGGCCCGACCCGAGCCCCGCAGCGCCCGAGGAGGGCUCUCAGCGGCUCUCGGAGAAAGUGGCGCAGCUCGAGGCGGCGCUGAGGCGGCUGCAGGAGGGUCACGAGGAGCAGCAGCAGCUCCGGGCUGAGCUGCGGCGGCUGCGGCGGGACCAGGAGGACACCGAGGGGCGGCACCGGGUCGAGAGACCCCCGGGGACCCCCGGAGAGACCCUGACCCCCGGAGAGACCCCCUGA